CCCCCAGGCCGCCUAAGAACCUCAGCGGGAACCCGGCGAGAGCCAGAGCUUCAGCUUGAGGCUAGAACGAGGAGUCGCAGAAGGGGCGGCUCGGGGGGCGCUGAGCGCUCCCCGCUCGGGACCGGGCGAGGGACGCGUGCUGUGGUCGGACGGCGGCCGGCGUUGGCAACAGGCCACUGGCCCCACAGCUGAAGACGGACUCCGCGGGCACUUGCGCCCUGGGGCUGCGCAUGAGGCUGGCGACCAGGGGGCCGCCGAGCCCCGGGAGCUUCUGGGGCCGGCCGUCGCCGCCGCCACCGCUGCUGGUGUUGCUGCUCUUGGGGCUGGUGCUGGAGGGCGCGGCAGAGAGUCCCUGGGGGUUGCCCUUGGUGGCCGAUGGCCCAGCUUCCAUGGCAAAGGUGGUGAUGGCAGAACUGGCAGACCUGAAGUUGGAAAAGAAACCAUGGCCUAGAGGGACGCACUCCCUCCGCUACCACUACCUGGCCCUAUCAGAGCCAGGGCCAGGCCUCCCUCAGUUUCUGGCUGUAGGCUACGUGGACGACCAGGUCUUCAUCCGGUAUGAUAGUCGUCGAGGCAAAGCGGAACCACAGGCCCCAUGGAUGGCUCACAUGGAUGCCCAGUACUGGGAGAAGGAGACUAAGAAGCAGAGGAUCUGGGCGAAGGUGCAGCAGGUGGAGAUGUGGACAGUGAUGGGCUACUACAACCAGAGCAGUGGCAUGCACAGCACUCAGCGCAUGUUUGGCUGUGAGAUCCAGGAGGACGGCCACUCCACUGGCUUCUGGCAGUUUGGCUUCGAUGGCCAGGACCACCUGUCACUGGACCUGGAAACUCUGAGCUGGGUGUCAGCUGAGCCUGUGGCCGUACGGACCAAGCGCUGGUGGGAGACAGAGCGCUGCUAUGCAGAGUAUGACAAGGCCUACGUGGAAGGUGUCUGCCUUACCUCCCUACGCAAAUACCUGGAGCUGGGAGGCCAGAGAUUCAGCCGGAGAGAGCCACCCACAGUGCGGGUGACAAAGCACACGGCCCAGGAUGGGGGCACCACACUGAGGUGCUGGGCCCUGGGCUUCUAUCCACAAGACAUCUCGCUGAGCUGGUGGCUGGGUGAAAAGGAGCUGACCUCCAAGACUGAGUAUGUGGAGACACGCCCCAGUGGCGAUGGCACCUAUCAGACAUGGUUGGCCACGCAGGUGCCAGCUGGGGAAGAGAUCCAGUACACCUGCCACGUGCAACACUCCAGCCUGAAUCACACACUCACUGUGACCUGGGAAUCACCCUCAUCGUCUGGACUUAUUGCCAUGAUUAUCUCCCCCAUCCUGGUCUUGCUGGUGGUUUGUGUUGUGAUCUUGAUCAAGUGCCUUCAAGAAACCAGGAGUAAGGAAGCAAGCCCCAGGUGGAGAGGACCCUUAUAAUUGCCAAAGCCCAACGAGAACAGAGCCUACUCAACUCAUCUGAUAACAGAAGUUCACUGUCACAAAUUAAGGUGCUUGGGGGCAUGAAGUCCCACUGCACUGGCUCACUGGUGUGAUCUGACUGCAAGGGGCCCACUCUGCCCCCAAAACGAUCCCUCCUCACUCCCUUCAGCCUUGUUACAAGAAGUCUGUGCCACUAAGAUGGCUUUGAAGUCCUUUUAGAAGUCUAAUCCUGUUUGGGGUAGGGGGGUGGUUGGGGAGGAGAGCAGUAGUAAUUCCUCAUAUUGUUUUACACUUGACAAUUUUGCAAAAUGAUUUCAUGUUAAGUGUAAAUCCCACUAGAGCCUCUCAGACACCCCUGUGAGUUUGGCAAAGUUAUUCUCUGUUCUCAUGUCCACUUCCCCAACAUGAAAACUAAGGGUCUGGGCAGUCAGGGAAGAACCAGAACAGUAGUAAUAAAGCUACAAGGGCAGCCUCCUGCAUGCAUCAGCUAGCAUCAGGAAGAAAUGGCUGGAUGCCUGCCUCUUUUAUAAGUGUGUUUGUAUGUACAUAUGAUAUCCAUUUUUGUAAAAAGUAGAGUGUUAGGGUGUGAGGGGGCUAUGAGGGUGAGAGAGGGUGGGUAUAUGUACACACGAGGGUGAAUGGGUGUGUAUGUGUGAGGGCAAGGGGGUGUAUGGGGUAUGUGUCAGGGUGAGGGUAUGUGUAGUAUGUGGGUGUCCUUAUGUAUUUGAGGAGAAGCUCAGAGGGACAGGGGCUUAGGGGCCUCUUAGUCCCAGGCAGCUGAAGGAUGGGAAACAACACAGGCCGUAUUUCCCAUAUUACCUGUCCUUUUGAAUGGUUUGAACAUUUACAGUAAGCACAUGUUACUUUUAAAAUGAGGGGAAGACCUCUUUUUACUGUGUCCUAUGGAAAUGUCUCCUCAGUGAACAAGACACUCCCUGGGACUACACACUGGUUGAUUCUGCCAGCAGCUCCAGUCUCAUGGCCAUUUGAGGUGCUAGGGGCCGGGACUCCAGAGCCCUAGCAAGCAGAGGAAGCACUCCACUGUCAUAAAGGACACAAGGCCAGACCUUUCCCAGGGGACCCUCUGCCUCCCCUUAAGUGGACAUGAAAAGUGUGACAGAACCUCCUGUGGGGACUUCUGAAACCUCCAUGUCUGCAGCCCUGGGAGGCCCUUGGCCCCAAGAUGUGAAUGACUGGUGAUACUAGAAAAAGAUUCAGCCUGCCCUGGUGGCCUGCAGGACCUCAGCAAUGAGAUCAUAAUUAUCAGAUUGUACUUAAAAUGUAUCUUAAAUGUCAAUCUUUCUCAGUGAUAUUGUCAUGUUCCGUAUUCACUGUACUAACCACAUAAGCAGUGUUCUAAGCACUUUACUGUAAGCUAUUUAAUAUUCAUAGUACAUUUGUGCAGAAUUAAUAAUCCUGUGCUACAGAUGAGGAAACUGAGGCCCAGGGUCCCACAGCUGGUUCAUGCCAGAGCUGGGAUGUGAGGCCAGGCAGUCUGGCUGCAUGCUGGGCACCUCACCAAUGUACCAAAAGCCUCAAUGAAAACCAUGCUGUGCUGUAAAUGGGCAAGUAAGUACAGGUCUGCAAUCCCUUAUCUGCAAUUCUGAAAUCCAGAAAAAAAAACUCUCAAAGUCAGAAGUUUCUUCCAAGCUUUGUCAUCAAAUCCUGACCGGGGGGAAGGGCAGGAGAAAAAAAAUUCCUGAAGUGAAGUGAGGCUAUUUAUACUCUGUUUACUUCUUGUGUGCCUUUUUGCAGUUUUCCACAGAAAUAUUAGUUUGGGAAAUCAUGGAGUGUCAUCCCAGACCUCUCUAAGUAGUGUUAUGUGAUAUCCAGCAUCUACAGUACCUUCCUAAAGCCAAAAGAAUUCUAAAUUCUGAAAUACAUCUGGCCCUAAGGGUUUCGGGUAAGGGAUUGUGGACCUGUAUUAAUAAGGUUUUCUAAUAAAUGUUUUAUUUUUA